GGGGCGUGGUUAGGCCGGUGUUGUAGAUCAGUGGGACCGCUGAGCUUCAGCUCCGGUGUGUUUUCGGGCUGGCUGUUCUUUGUCCUCCAUUACAGCUCGGAUUCCCAGGCCCAUCGUACGGCGCAGGCCCGAAGUAGCGCAGCCGCUCUGAGUUAGUGUUUGAGGCUAGCACCACGCCAUGGAGGACCACAACGUUCACCAGACCGAGCACAUGACCACCAUCGAGGAGCACGCCGUGCAGCAGGUACAUGUGGCCACGUACACAGAUCACAGCAUGCUGAGCGCCGACGAGGACUCGCCCUCAUCCCCUGACGACGACGCCUAUGAUGACUCAGACAUCCUUCACUCGGCCGGCAAUGACGAGAUGACCGCGCACCUGGCAGCCGCAGGCCCAGUAGGCAUGGCUGCAGCUGCUGCCGUAGCAACGGGCAAGAAACGCAAGAGGCCCCACAUCUUCGAGUCCAACCCGUCCAUCCGCAAGAGACAGCAGACACGCCUGCUGAGGAAACUGCGAGCCACCCUGGAUGAGUACACCACCAGAGUUGGCCAACAGGCCAUAGUUCUGUGCAUCUCUCCCUCCAAGCCCAACGCUUUGUUCAAGGUGUUUGGUGCUGCGCCGCUGGAGAAUGUGGUGAGGAAGUACAAGGGCAUGAUCCUGGAGGACCUGGAGAAUGCCCUGGCCGAGCACGCCCCCCCCGGGGGGGAACUAACUUCCGAGCUGCCCCCCCUCACCAUUGACGGCAUCCCCGUCUCUGUGGACAAGAUGACACAGGCCCAGCUGCGAGCGUUCAUCCCAGAGAUGCUGAAGUAUUCGACGGGCAGGGGCAAGCCUGGCUGGGGCAAGGAGAGCUGCAAGCCCAUCUGGUGGCCAGAGGACAUCCCCUGGGCCAACGUGCGCAGUGACGUGCGCACUGAGGAACAGAAACAGAGGGUGUCGUGGACGCAGGCGCUGCGGACCAUCGUGAAGAACUGCUACAAGCAGCAUGGGCGCGAGGACCUGCUGUACGCCUUUGAGGACCAGGUGCCACAGCACACGGCCAUGACCACGGCCACCCACAGCAUCACCCACCUGGUGCCCUCACAGACCGUGGUGCAGACCAUCAGCAACCCCGACGGCACCGUCUCCCUCAUACAGGUGGGCACAGGGCAGACGGUGGCCACUCUGGCCGAUGCCUCGGAGCUGCCAGGCACAGUGACCGUGGCCCAGGUCAACUACACUGUGAACGACGGAGAGUUGAUGUGUGGUGAGCUUUCUGGCGCAAAGGGGCAGUCCAGACCACACCCAGGUGGGUUCUACACAUUGGUCAUGGAUGAGAAUAUGUCGGUGUGUCGCACGUUACCGAUGGAGGUGUCGCCACAGUUUAUUGUUGAGCAGAACUGGGCGACUCUACAGGGUGGGGAGAUGACCAUACAGACCACACAGGCGUCCGAGGCCAAUCAGGCGGUCGCGUCCCUCGCCGAGGCUGCUGUCGCCGCCUCCCAGGAGAUGCAGCAGGGAGCCACCGUCACCAUGGCACUUAACGGUGAGGCUGCGGCCCAUGCAGUGGCGACGCUGGCUGAGGCCACCCUACAGGGAGGAGGUCAAAUCGUUCUGGCCGGGGAAACGGCGGCUGCUGUAGGAGCACUGACUGGAGUGCAAGAUGGCAGCGGUACGUACCACACAACCUCUCAACAACUAUUGUCAGGCCUGGUGCAGAUCCCAGUCAGCAUGUACCAGACGGUGGUUACCAGCCUAGCCCAGGGGAACCGGCCCGUACAAGUGGCCAUGGCGCCCGUGGCCACACGCAUCGACAACACGGUCACACUGGACGGCCAGGCGGUAGAGGUAGUGACUCUGGAGCAGUGACAAUGAAUCCUCCCAUGGCAGGUGUGUUCCACUGGAACAAAGUCCCAAAAUGGCCGCCGCCGGGAGCUGAGGGAGGGAUAGUCCGUUUUCACCAUAGAGAUAGAUGGAGGGCUCAUCUUUGUAUCAGUGCCAUUGAGGCCAUCUCCAUUUUGAAUUAGUCAAUUUUUCUCUUCACGAUUGACUGAUCCCUCCUGAUAACCUGGUUUGACAUUACUCAGUCAGUGGAGGAUCAGCCAAUGAAGUUGGAAGUCCCCCCCAGUUGACUACAUUAAAAUGGUGGAAGCCCUAAAUGGCGCUGCCCAUGCUAAUACAGCCUUUUGGCCAGUAGAGGCCUCUAUCAUUCUCUAUGGUUUCCACAUGCUGCGCUCUGUACAAUGUAAAAAAAUAUAUUUUUUAUGUACAUCUGCAGGGGAAUAAAGAAGUGACGGAUUUAUCAAUGCAUUGUUUACUGUGUGUGUGUGUGUGUGUGUGUGUGUGUGUGUGUGUGUGUGUGUGUGUGUGUGUGUGUGUGUGUGUGUGUGUGUAUAUAUAGUAGAAGAUUUUUGUUUGAAUGUCCUUUUUUAGCUUUGAUGUUGAGCAUUGUGUGACAUGGGUUAGAGAGUAUUUAGUAUUUAUUUCUGCACACCUUAACAUUUACUUAAAGAAUAACCAAAAAGCCAAGGGGGACGCCACCACCACCAAUUCACCUUUCAUUCUGAACCUAUAUCACAGUCCCAUUAAUGACGUUUUGGUACUAUGUCUAUGUGAGUGUUAUUCCAUGUUUGUUAUAGAAUGCGGUUACUAAAUCACAAUCACUCUCUGCUCUGUUGUCAUGGACUUCAUAUGCAAUCAGGUUGUGCCGAAACCCAGGAACCUUUCCACUAAUUCCACCCCCUGCUAUAUUAGUCAAUGUUCCUCUUGUACCCUGGAUGUCUAUGAAGCAUCCCAAUUAUCAACUGUAAGACACUUCACUGCCUAGAAUGAUUCCAAUGAAACAUUAUUUCUGAAAUAUGUUACCUGUUGUUGUGUGGUUUAUUGUACUGUAGUCCACUCCACACACAUGCUGGGAUUUGUGAAGACUCAGGAUUUAUUAGUAAGGUAUUUUUAUUGUGCUGGAUAUUUGACGACCUGGCUAGGCAGCCAUUUUGACUCCAGAGAAUAUCACAAUUGAUUUCUCAAAUGCAUGAGUAGCUGUCCCUUUUUGAGUAUUUCAAAAAAAACAAGACGCUCCUUUUGAUGUCAGUGGUAGGAACUUAUUCUAAAUCAUUUUAUACAUUGAGGGAGGCCGUACUGUGUACUACAGAGCAUUCAAUGACUUUUGUAUUUGUACAGAAUACGUGUGCAUUCUUUGGAUUGAUAUGACGGUAUGAAUAAAUUCAGCUCACUACAGAGAAUCCUUCGUAGAAUGAAUGAUUUAGGAAAUACAUUAGGUGACUGAAUUACACCAAGCAUGCAGUCCAUGUGAUCGCCCAAUAAAGUGACUACUGUUCACCGGU